AUGAAACACAUUAAUGGAACUUAUUGGAACUCAUCAACGGAACUUAUCAAUGAAACUCAUCAUCAAUGUAACACAUCGAUGGAACACGUAGAUGGAAUAUGUAAAUGGAAGCGAUCUUCAAUAGAUUUUACAGACCAUACAAAAUAUCAAACCAUAAUAAUGAUAUUGGCACCGGAUCUGAUACGAAUUCCCAAAACUCGGAAUUCAGUAGGAACAAAUCGAAUUCAGAAUUCCCAAGCCGAAGGUACACAUCGAAGUCAGACUCGAAACUCAGAAGGUACACAUCGAAGUCAGAAUUCCUAA